AUGAGGCUGGCGCCCAUGUCCUUACCCAAGCAGUAUUAUGCUAACGAACGAAUGAAUAAGAUAUUGAAGAAUGCAACGAGACUUGAUGGCAGACGACGUGGGUACGAUUAUAAUAAAGAGCAGCCAUAUGAAAAAGGGUAUGAUCUAAACUUGACGACAAGAGCCAUGGAUAUGCUGAGACAAACUGUUUACCUCACCCAGUACCGAAUGAUGCACCUGCAAUACGUGACAGAUACAUACUCAACUGAUAUCAGCUUUCGUGUUGGGUACAUAUUCUCCAGACUGGAUAAAAUCAUUCACGAUAUGCGGCUUCUGUACACGGUCAUGAAUAAAACUACUAUAAAUGACACAACUCAUAAUUAUUAUUAUCCGGACUAUCAAACUGGAUUUUAUACUUAUCUACUUUACUACUCUUACUUCCUCAAGCACAACCACGACGUGACAUAUAUAGUUGAGUAUUUGAUAGAACUGCACACAAAUAUUGUCAAGGAGACAAGAGAAAAAACGAAAAAAGGUACGCCCAAACCAGGAUCAGAAGAACCAUCAUUUGAACCGGCAGGGUCAGACAGUGAUGCAGGAGAAGCAGAUGGAAAAGAGGGCGCUGGAGGGGGACCUGCUGGAGGCGGAGCUGCUAGAGGUGAUACUGCUGGAGGCGGGCCUAUUGGAGGCGGACCUGCUGGAGACGGACCUGUCGGAGGCGAAUCUGCUGGAGACGGACCUGUUGGGGGAAGACCUGCUGGAGACAAACCAGCUGGAGGCGGACCUGUUGCGGGCGAACCUGCUGGACCAGAACCAGGUGGAGCAGAGGAACCGGCUGCAGGGUCUCCAGAUCAAUAA